AUGAGCUGUGAAGAAGUAUGUGGAGCUCUGAAUUUGUUUGUUCAAAGUGGAUCCAGUCUGCUACAGCUGGGACAGAGCCAGAGCCAAGAGGGUUCUCUGCAGGACUUCCUCAGGACCAGCAGAGACCAGGACCAGUCUCUGCUGGGUCUCUCCCACGCCGCGGCUCAGCUCUACACCAGGUGCUAUAACUACUCUUCUCUACUCUACUCUGAAGGAGGCCUGCUCCAGACUGAACUCAGAGUCCACCACAGCUCUGAGCUUAGAGCUGAAGAGAGGCAGGACUUUGGAGAAGGACCGGACCAGGGACGCCUUGUACUGAGGACAGAGGAGGACAGGGAGGACAGAGGAGAGGGGACAGAGGAGAGGACAGAGGAGAGGACAGAGGAGAGAGGACAGAGGAGAGAGGACAGAGGAGAGGACAGAGGAGAGAGGACAGAGGAGAGAGGACAGAGGAGAGGACAGAGGAGAGGACAGAGGACAGAGGACAGAGGAGAGGACAGAGGAGAGAGGACAGAGCAGAGAGGACAGAGGAGAGGACAGAGGAGAGGACAGAGGAGAGAGGACAGAGGAGAGAGGACAGAGGAGAGGACAGAGGAGAGAGGACAGAGGAGAGAGGACAGAGGAGAGGACAGAGGAGAGGACAGAGGAGAGGACAGAGGAGAGAGGAGAGGACAGAGGAGAGAGGACAGAGGAGAGAGGACAGAGGAGAAAGGACAGAGGAGAGGACAGAGGAGAGGGGACAGAGGAGAGAGGACAGAGGAGAGGGGACAGAGGAGAGAGGACAGAGGAGAGGACAGAGGAGAGGACAGAGGAGAGAGGACAGAGGAGAGAGAACAGAGGAGAAAGGAUAGAGGAGAGGACAGAGGGGAGAGGACAGAGGAGAGGGGACAGAGGAGAAAGGACAGAGGAGAGGACAGAGGAGAGAGGACAGAGGAGAGGACAGAGGAGAGAGGACAGAGGAGAGGGGACAGAGGAGAGAGGACAGAGGAGAGGGGACAGAGGAGAGGACAGAGGAGAGAGGAGAGGGACAGAGGAGAGAGGAGAGAGGACAGAGGAGAGAGGAGAGGACAGAGGAGAAAGGACAGAGAAGAGGACAGAGGAGAGGACAGAGGAGAGAGGACAGAGGAGAGGACAGAGGAGAGAGGACAGAGGAGAGAGGACAGAGGAGAGGACAGAGGAGAGAGGAACAGAGGAGAGAGGACAGAGGAGAGGACAGAGGAGAGGACAGAGGAGAGGACAGAGGAGAGAGGAGAGGACAGAGGAGAGAGGACAGAGGAGAGGGGACAGAGGAGAGAGGAGAGGACAGAGGAGAGAGGACAGAGGAGAAAGGACAGAGGAGAGGACAGAGGAGAGGGACAGAGGAGAGAGGACAGAGGAGAGGACAGAGGAGAGGGGACAGAGGAGAGAGGACAGAGGAGAGAGGAGAGGACAGAGGAGAGAGGACAGAGGAGAAAGGACAGAGGAGAGGACAGAGGAGAGGGGACAGAGGAGAGAGGACAGAGGAGAGGGGACAGAGGAGAGAGGACAGAGGAGAGGACAGAGGAGAGAGGACAGAGGAGAGAGAACAGAGGAGAAAGGAUAGAGGAGAGGACAGAGGGGAGAGGACAGAGGAGAGGGGACAGAGGAGAAAGGACAGAGGAGAGGACAGAGGAGAGAGGACAGAGGAGAGGACAGAGGAGAGAGGACAGAGGAGAGGGGACAGAGGAGAGGACAGAAGUAGAGAGGAGAGGACAGAGGAGAGAGGACAGAGAAGAGAGGACAGAGGAGAGAGGAGAGGACAGAGGAGAAAGGACAGAGAAGAGGACAGAGGAGAGGACAGAGGAGAGAGGACAGAGGAGAGGACAGAGGAGAGAGGACAGAGGAGAGGGGACAGAAGAGAGGAGAGAGGAGAGGACAGAGGAGAGAGGACAGAGGAGAGGACAGAGGAGAGAGGACAGAGGAGAGGGGACAGAGGAGAGGACAGAGGAGAGAGGACAGAGGAGAGGGGACAGAGGAGAGGAGAGGACAGAGGAGAGAGGACAGAGGAGAGGACAGAGGAGAGGACAGAGGAGAGAGGACAGAGGAGAGGACAGAGGAGAGGGGACAGAGGAGAAAGGACAGAGGAAAGGACAGAGGAGAGAGGACAGAGGAGAGGGGACAGAGGAGAAAGGACAGAGGAAAGGACAGAGGAGAGAGGACAGAGGAGAGGGGACAGAGGAGAGGACAGAGGAGAGAGGACAGAGGAGAGGGGACAGAGGAGAGGAGAGAGGAGAGGACAGAGGAGAGAGGACAGAGGAGAGGACAGAGGAGAGGACAGAGGAGAGAGGACAGAGGAGAGGACAGAGGAGAGGACAGAGGAGAGAGGACAGAGGAGAGAGGACAGAGGAGAGGACAGAGGAGAGGGGACAGAGGAGAGGACAGAGGAGAGGGGACAGAGGAGAGAGAGGACAAGGUUAA